AUGAAUACUCUAGAUCAGGUAAUUGAGAAUAGCAUAAAAAUGGGUAAAUUUUAAAAUAUAGUACUCUGUAUUAUUUCAAUGAUUGAUUUUGCAGACGGAAUUGAGAAAACCUUGAUUGGGACUCUUUAAUCAAUAUUGAAAAACGAAUGGGAUUUAAAUGAUCUUGAUAUAUCACUAAUGACAAGUUUAUAUUUUAUAGGGAUUGUUUGUGGUACCUUAUUGUGUGCAUUCUAUGCAGAUCAUAUCGGCAGAGCGAAAACAUUACUAUACUCUAGUUUAUUAGCAUUUUUAUUACUUUUAUGGCAUAGUUUUGCACUAAGUUUUGAAGAAAUCGUCAUCUUAAGAUUUUGCUUUGGUGUAAUCUUUGGGACAACUAUCCCACUGGGACACGUUGUCAUAAGUGAAAUUGUACCAGCUAAAAUAAGAGGAUAAAUAAUGACAAUAGUUGCAACAGUAUUUAUUAUUGGAAAGAUUUAUUGUACAGGAUUGCAGAUGGUUUUUUUGGAUGACUACAAAUCAGGUCAUUGGAGAAUGUUAUUAAUUGUAAAUAGUAUUCCACUUUUUUUGUGUUUUGUCAGUUCUCUUAUCUAUUUAAGAGAGUCUCCAAGAUAUUACUUUACAAAAUAAAACUAUGAUCAAGGUUUCUUAGAAUUAGAACAUAUAGGAAAGGUAAACAAUGGAACAGCUUAUUAAUUGACAGACGAGUAAAAACAGGGUGUUCUGGAGCAAUAAUAAUAAAUAAAUUAAGAAUAAGAACCUAUUAAGACUGUAAAGUAUUUAUUUUCAAGAUAAUACAUCAAUUUUACAAUAAGAAUUUGGAUUGUAUUUAUGUUAACAUCUAUAAUUGAAACAACACUCUAUUAUUUAAUGCCUUUUUGGUUAGGAGAUACUUAGAAGGGAUUUAUGGCUUAAAUGUACAUGAUGCUUGCUGAAUUGAUGGCUGGAAUUGUCGUGUAUUUCAUAAUUGAUAGUAAAAAAACAGGAGGUCGAUCAAAAUUAGUCAUGAUCUUAUCAGUGAUGAUAUUUGUAGCUAGCGUCGUCUUAAUUAUCAUGUAAGAUCCUUUCCUUGUUUAUGGAUUAACAAUAAUCUCUUUUUUACUUAAAGUGAUGUUUACAGCAGAAAUGGUUAUUAUGAAUGAAAAUUAUACAACUUAAUAUCGGUCUAUGGGAGUAGGGAUGACACAAACAGUUGGCAAAUUUAUGGGUGUUAUUUCACCUUAUUUUAUUUAUCCUAUGUACUCAGAUGACCCCUAUUCUCCCUUUUAUUUAUACGCCGGCUGCAUGAUUGUUCUUGCUGUUUUGUCUGCUACUUUACCAUUUGAUAUGACUCAAGUCGAAUUGGAUAAUAUUGAAGUGUAUAAACAGAAAUAAAAUAAAAAAUCUCUAGUUAAUAGUGAAUGA